AAGAAGAAGGAGAAGGAGGAGGAGGAGGACCUAACAGGCAGCGGGGGCUAACGUUAGCAGUUAGCACGUCAGAAUCAUCUGUUGGUUGAUAAAUCUGUCGUUUAUUCUCAGAUUUGACUGUUAAAGUGUUUGACGUAGAGCGCAGCUAACGGCUAACAGCUAACGGCUAACAAGGGAACACGCUGACGAGUCUGAUCCGGUCUGAUAUGAGCAGCACUGCUCAGAGGAAGAGGAGGACCACAGGAAGUCCUCUGCCACCCGGACCCGGCACCAAGACCAGCAGGGGAUCCACCGCCAGGAGGCCGGUGAACGCUAGCAGAGCGGCUAACACUAGCAGAGCGGCGAACGCUAGCAGAGCGGCUAACGCUAGCAGAGCGGCUAACGCUAGCAGAGCGGCUAACGCUAGCAGAGCGGCUAACGCUAGCAGAGCGGCGAACGCCAGCAGAGCGGCUAACAGGACAGCUAUCGUUAGCGGUACGUCAGAUGGUGACCCCGCCCCCACAGAGACCAUCGACGUGAUGGACAACACAGAGGACAGUGUGGAGGAGGUGGUGGAUCUGACCUGUGAAGGAUCAGAAGCUGCUGUGGUCGACCUGACCAACAACGACUCAGUGCUGCUGGUCGACGAAGGUCCUCAGAACAGAGUCUCCGCUGAGAGCUACGUCCUCAGCAGUGAUGAAGACGAGGACACGCCCCCCGUCCUCAACGCCGCAAUAACGUCCUCUGUACAGACCCACAGCUCCUCCAGGUCGACUCCGGGGACCAUCAGCUGUCCCGUCUGUCUCGACUCGUACUCUGAGAUUGUAGAAAGCGGCCGAUUGGUCGUUUCCACUAAAUGUGGUCACGUGUUCUGCAGCCAGUGUCUGAGAGACGCUCUGACAUCAUCACACACCUGUCCCACCUGCAGGAAGAGACUCACCCACCGCCAGUACCACCCCCUCUACAUCUGAUGUCAUCAGUGAUGUCAUCAGGGACGUCAUCAGAUGCUUUUUGCUGCUGUUUGUUUGUUUUCCUUUGAGCUGCGUUUUAAUUAAAGAUUCUGAUCGAUAA